UUUUUCUCGACAAUCGCGCGGCGUUAAAAAGUUAGAAAAAGUUCUACAAAUUCUGGUUGUUUGAUCGUCCAAUAAUGAAGUUCCUAGUCAUUCCGAGUAUGCUGGUAAUCCCGAGCUGCGCUUACGAAAACCGUGGAUUGUGAAGUGAUCCUGUGAUUGUUUUUGUUUUCAAUAAGCAACGCUCGCUAAUCGGGUGCUCCGCGAGGUCGCUGCCGCUUGUGGCAAAGUAAUUAGCAAUCCGCGAGGUAAUCCAGAUUCCUGUCGCCUCGAUUAUUGUUGCUCGAUCGGAGAUCACCAGACCAGCGCGGUGAUGUGAUAAGAGCCAAGUCGCUGUGUUGGCUAGCGAAACGGACGCCGGAUGAGUUGUACCCUCCGGUCCAGUCUGCAGAGUUUGUUCCGCAAAAUCGUUGUCACAUCCCAGAAGCGGAGCCGGAAGCGAAGGCGCAGGAAGAAGAAAGCCUCCUUGCAAUCUGCGAACCGAGGAAAGUUCUAGCGCGAGGUUCGGCUCGACGAACGCAGCAGGCGCGGGGAAUCAAGCAUUCAAGGAAAACUACUAGAUCAUUCCAAGCCCCAUCACGUUGAAGGAGAGUCAUAGAGACAUACAUUCUACAUUUGUCAAGCUGCGUGUUACAAGAACCACGGGCAAUAGAUCAUCAGUUGUACCAUUGGUUUACCCCUGCCGGGGUCCGUAGUUUUGGAUAGCAUAUUUCGUUUCGCCAUCAUUCCAGUCAUUUGAAUUUAAAGGCAGUACCACACAAUACCACCACCCUGCGCUCUAAGGUGACACAAUGGGUGCCUUUUUGGAGAAACCGAUCACGGUGAAGCACAAUGAGCGUGGCGAAGGCAAUGGAUUGCGGUUUGGUGUGGGCUCGAUGCAGGGCUGGCGAUGCGAGAUGGAAGACGCAUACCACGCCAAGACCGGGCUCGGUGAGAAACUGGAAGAUUGGAACUACUUUGCCAUGUUCGAUGGCCACGCGGGCGAUAAUGUGGCGAAGCACUGUGCGGAGAAUCUACUGCAGCGCAUCGUCAGCACGACCGAGUUUAGCAACAAUGAUAUUACGCGCGCCAUCCACUCCGGGUUCCUGCAACAGGAUGAGGCAAUGCGCGGUAUUCCCGAACUGGCAUCCGGGGCGGACAAGUCCGGUACGACGGCCGUCUGUGCGUUCAUAUCGCGUGAACAUCUGUACAUAGCAAACUGUGGCGAUUCGCGAGCCGUACUGUGCCGCAACGCGCAGCCCGUAUUCACGACGCAGGAUCACAAACCAAUACUGCCGGGCGAGAAGGAACGCAUCCAGAAUGCCGGUGGUUCGGUGAUGGUACAGCGAGUGAACGGCAGUCUGGCCGUGAGCCGAGCAUUGGGUGACUAUGAUUACAAGCAGGGCACAGCGCUCGGACAGUGCGAGCAGCUUGUAUCACCGGAACCGGAAAUCUUCUGUCAGGAUCGUGAGCCAAACGAUGAGUUUCUGGUGCUGGCCUGUGACGGUGUAUGGGACGUGAUGAGCAACCUGGAGGUGUGUCAGUUCGUGCACAACCGGCUCCAGCUGUCCGAUGAUUUGGUCGAGGUGGCGAACCAGGUGAUCGAUACCUGUCUGCACAAGGGUAGCCGGGAUAACAUGAGCAUCAUCAUCAUCGCCUUCCCGGGAGCACCUGUACCGUCGGAGGAAGCACAGAAGCGUGAGCAAGCACUUGAGGCCAUCUUGCGCCAGCGCAUCGAGGCGAGACUGCAGCAGAUGAGCGAUGUGAACUUUGGCGAUCUGCUGAAGGAACUCGCCAGCGAAGACAUUCCCGAUCUGCCACCGGGCGGUGGCAUCUAUGCCAAGUCUACCUUUGUGUCCGAUGUGUUCAAGGAGCUGCAUCCAUAGCUAGCGGACCGGUGCGAGCCCGGGAAUUACUGAGCCAAAUCAUCCGCCUCCCGGUUGCGUCGCACACGUCGUCCGCCGCCAACAUUACCGCCGAAUUAUCAAACGGAAGCGAAAGAGGGCCAUUCGGGGGAAUGCGCUAAACUAGUAUAAUGGUCAGGAAGAACAGCAAGAAGCAGAACAGGAGAAGAAAGGUCCUUACGCUCCCUUUUGGGCCCUGCUUCAUCGGGAUCCUUUGACGCGUACUCCGGACUCUAGUAUCGCCACGGUCUGCCGCCAUCGUUUGAGCCCUUUGCUCUUAUCGGCGGCCCGUGGUGCGGAGAAAACUAGGGCAAGAGGAGAAACUCUGAUGCAUUAUAAACCUCUCUCUUCCUAUUCCCCUUUCCCCCAAGGCUAUACUUACCAUGCAUCUACCCCCAUACGGAGGAUACAUACACACAUACACAUACACACAAAAACACACACACACACACACACACACACAACACGUAACAGAAAUUGUAGUAGUAGCUAAUAAGGCUGUGUUACAUUGUUGCUGUUUAAUAGAAGUGUAAAAGAUGCGAAAUCCAAAAGGCGAAAGGCAGAAAGAAGAUAUGUAGUGCUGCUGGUCCUUCCGCACGAAAUCACACAUCCCCACAGAUAAGGUGCCAAGUCGUAACCGUCAGGAGAGAUGGCUAGUGCUCUCGCUGGCGCCACCAUCAUCCCACGUCACGUAAAAGCCCGGGUAUAGUUGUACAGAGCAUCCACCGGUACAGACACGGUACUGCAGCCACAACAAAAAAAAGCAAACCCUCAUCAUACUACGCAGUAGGCGCCGUACGCUAGGAAUGCCCUUAGAACAAGCCCUCUUGUCUCUGUCAUGCUUUUGCGGCACUAGGCCACAUACAGUGCGUUCGCCACCUCCCCGGAAAACAAAUGCGCCAUUAGAGUAGUAGUCAGCAGGGAGGGAACGUUGGUUUCUUGAAAAAAAAAUUAUUUACUUUUAUGCUUUUUCGGAAACACAAAUCCAAUAUGGCUAGCGUUUCUUUGAGUUGAGGGGGUGAAUGAUUUGAUAACUCUAACCAUAGUCUUACGUCUUCGUCAUUUCAGUGACGCGUAUUCAUGAUGAGAUGGGCCCUUUUCUUUACUAUUUCCUGUAUUUUUAUUUAUGUUGAACGCGGUUGAAUUACAAAAUUAUUUGAUUAGUA